AAUGCAGCAGCGCUUAGCUGUAUCAGCUCUCUCAGCCUUGUGCAGCUGACAAUGGAUCGCAGCACUACCCUCAGCCUGGCAGCGGCCUGGAAGCUCCAUUAACCUACAGCGACGCGAGGCGCGAUCGAUCAGUCAACUUCAUCGCGGUCGCAGACCUCGCAUCAUGGACGGCCUUUCGGGCGCAGCAAGCGUCAUUGCGGUAAUCGACAUAUCCACCAAGAUCGUCUCGCUAUGCUUCCAGUACUCCACAGCUGUCAAGGAUGCGAAGGGUGAUAUCGAACAUGUGCAGAGAAAAGUUGGCGACAUCACCCACAUUCUGGAGAAGAUCAUACAAUUCCUCGGCAGCCAGGACAAGGCGCGACUCUCUACCACUCAGGGCCUAUUUAGCGCGCUCGAACAAUGCCGAGAGGAGCUAAAGAGCCUAGAAGCAAAGCUAGAUCCAGGAAAGUCUCGCAAGACUAUGAGCCGGUUCGGCUUCCGUGCGCUUAAAUGGCCGUUCACGAGCAAGCAGGUGAACAAGAUUGUUUUAAACCUAGAAAGAUACGAGCAGACAUUCAGCUUGGCGCUGCAGGUCGAUCAGAUCGUCGCUGUUUUCAGCAUAGACCAGAAGCUGGAUCUGGCCAAACUACCUGUCGCGAUAGGCGCCUCCUUCAAUUCCCACAACGAAGAGCACAACGCACGAUGCCUGCCAAACACCCGCACCGAGCUGCUAGAUGAGAUCACAACAUGGGUGAACAACAAAGAUGGCAAGUCCAUAUUCUGGCUAAGCGGCAUGGCGGGCACGGGAAAGUCAACAAUUGCGCGGACGGUCGCUCAGUCGUUCGCUAGUCGAGGGCAACUUGGAGCCAGCUUCUUCUUCAAGAAAGGCGAGGGUGAGCGCGGCAAUACCUCACGGUUCUUUGCCACCAUUGCCACGGAUCUAGUCGCCUGCGAGCCAGGCAUGCUACCAGGCAUCAAGGAGACGCUCGACGAGGACUCGGCUAUCUCACACAAAGCUCUAAAAGAUCAGUUUGAGAAGCUUAUUCUACAGCCACUUCUGGGGGUAAAGCAGACUCGCUCGCGGGCCUUGGCGCGAGUUAUCGUGAUCGACGCCUUAGACGAAUGUGAACGAGAAGCAGACGUUCGGGCGAUCCUUCAGCUGCUCGCUCGGACGAAAGAUAUUCGCCCAGUGCCGCUACGGAUUAUGGUCACUAGUCGGCCAGAGCUUCAUAUCCGCUUAGGCUUUAAGGACAUGCCGAACGGCACAUACCAAGACCUAGUGCUCCACGAAGUACCAAGGAACACGAUUAAACAUGACAUCCGUCUGUUCUUAGAGCAUGAGCUUAGUAUAAUACGAAAAGAACGCAUGCUGGCCUCAGACUGGCCAGCGCCACAACAGAUCCUCGCGCUAGUUGAACUGGCUGUGCCACUGUUUAUCUACGCUGCUACCGUAUGUCGGUAUGUUGGUAGUAAAGGAAGCAAUCCUAUGGUUUUUUUAAAUAAGGUCCUGCAGUAUCAGAAGCCAACCUUUUCGCAGCUCGAUCGGACGUAUCUCCCUGUGCUCGAUCAGCUGCUUAGUGAGCAGGAGGAAGAUGAGAGGGAGAUAUGGCUUCAGGCUUUCCAAGAGGUUGUUGGUAGUAUUGUUGUUCUCGAAAGUCCGCUCGCUGCUAUCUCGCUUGCCCGCCUACUGCAAGUAUCACAAGAAGAGAUUCAGUGUCGACUUGACUCUCUACAUUCUGUUCUUAGUGUUCCUAAUAAAAAGGAUGCGCCUAUUCGCCUUUUGCACUUGUCCUUUCGCGAGUUCCUCGUCGACCCCCAAAAGCAAGAAAAAAGUCCGUUCUGGGUAGAUGAUAAAAGGACCCACCAAAAGCUUGCAUCUUGCUGCCUCAAGCUUAUGUCUGGAUCUGGCGGUCUUCAUCAGGACAUGUGCGGCCUUCCAGGCACUGGAGUGCUAAGAAGCGAGGUAGAUGAGCAGGUAGUUGCUACUAGGCUGCCACCUGAUCUACAAUAUGCGUGUCGCUACUGGGUUGACCAUCUCAAGCAGAGUGGGCAAGGCAUCGUUGACGGGGACGCGACGCAUCUUUUUCUACAGAAGCACCUUCUUCAUUGGCUUGAAGCUAUGAGCCUUAUAAGAGAAUCGAGCAGAUGCGUUACCUUGCUCGACAGUCUUCAGGCGCUCACUAGCCCCUCUGCAAAGCUAGUUUUAAGCUUUCUUCACGACGCUAAGCGGUUUGUGCUGCGGUUCCAAUCUAUGCUUAUAGAUGCGCCGUUGCAGAUCUAUUGCUCGGCACUAACAUUCGCACCAGAGAAGAGCGUGAUACGACAAACAUUUGUAGGCCAAGUGCCAGAAAAGGUCAAGAUGCUAUCUAAGAAAGAAGCAGAUUGGGACGGUUGUCGCAGCACGCUCGAGGGCCAUUCUGACUAUAUUAGCGCGAUAGCCUUCUCGUCGGACGGGCAGCUAGUCGCGUCGGGAUCUAGAGACAAGACAGUACGGCUGUGGGAGACAGCAACAGGGACGUGUCGCAGCACACUCGAGGGCCAUUCUGACUAUGUCAGCGCAGUGGCCUUCUCACCAGAUGGACAGGUAGUCGCGUCAUCUGGCGGCAAGACAGUACGGCUGUUGGAGACGGCAUCUGGCGACAAGACUGUACGGCUGUGGGAGACGGCAACAGGGAUAUGUCGCAGCACGCUCGAGGGCCAUUCUCAGGAAAUCAGCGCGAUAGCCUUCUCACCAGACGGACAGCUAGUCGCGUCGGGAUCUAGCGACAAGACAGUACGGCUGUGGGAGACGGCAACAGGGAUAUGUCGCAGCACGCUCGAGGGCCAUUCUCAGGAAAUCAGCGCGAUAGCCUUCUCGCCAGACGGGCAGCUAGUCGCGUCGGUAUCUAGAGACAAGACAGUACGGCUGUGGGAGGUAGUAACUGGGACGUGUCGCAGCACGCUCGAGGGCCAUUUUAACUACGUCAGCGCGAUAACCUUCUCACCAGAUGGACAGCUAGUCGCGUGGAUAUCUAGAGACAAGACAGUACGGCUGUGGGAGACGGCGACAGGGACGUGUCGCAGCACACUCGAGGGCCAUUCUGACUAUGUUAACGCGAUAGCUUUCUCACCAGACGGACAGCUAGUCGCGUCGGGAUCUGGCGACAAGACAGUACGGCUAUGGGAGGUGGCAACAGGGACGCGCCGCAGCACGCUCGAGGGCCAUUCUGACUAUGUUAGGGUGGUGACCUUCUCGCCAGACGGACAGCUAGUCGCGUCUGCAUCUAGCGAUAAGACAGUGCGGCUGUGGGAGACGGCGACAGGGACAUGUUGCAGCAUACUCGAGGUCCAUUCUGACUAUGUUAGGGCGGUGGCUUUCUCGCCAGACGGGCAGCUAGUCGCGUCGGGAUCUAGCGACAAGACAGUAUGGCUGUGGGAGGGGGCGACAGAGACGUGUCGCAGCGCGCUCGAGGGUCAUUCUCAGGAAAUCAGCGCGAUAGCCUUCUCGCCAGACGGACAGCUAGUCGCGUCAGGAUCUAGAGACAUGACUGUGCGGCUGUGGGAGGCGGCGACAGGGACGUGUCGCAGCACGCUCGAGGGCCAUUCUGAUUAUGUCAGGGCGGUAGCCUUCUCACCCGACAGGCAGCUAGUCGCGUCGGGAUCUGGCGAUAAGACAGUGCGGCUGUGGGAGACGGCAACAGGGACGUGUUGCAGCACGCUGAAGGGCCAUUCUGACCAUAUCAGCGCGAUAGCCUUCUCACCAGACGGACAGCUAGUCGCAUCAGCGUCUGACGACAAAACUGUACGGCUGUGGGAGGCAGCAACAGGGACGUGCAGCAGCACGCUCGAGGGCCAUUAUUGGGCAAUCACCGCGGUGGCCUUCUCACCAGACGGACAGCUAGUCGCGUCGGGAUCUAGCGACAUGACAGUGCGGCUGUGGGAGACGGCAACAGGGACGUGUCGCAGCAUGCUCGAGGGCCAUUCUUCGUAUAUCAGCGCGGUGGCCUUCUCACUAGACGGACAGCUAGUCGCAUCUGCAUCUAGAGACAAAACAGUACGGCUGUGGGAGGCGUCGACAGGGACGUGUCGCAGCACGCUAGAUAGCCCUUCCGAGCACACUUCGAGUAUCAACUUUUCGUCAGAUAGCCAGGUACUGCAUACGAACCAAGGCGAUAUUGCUUUGCCCCAAGCCCUAGUUAGCACAUCGCUCUUGAGGCCGAGGCCGCAGUCCUCUUACGUUCUAGUACAGAACCAGUGGAUAUUGCAUAACUAACAACGCUUCCUAUGGCUUCCGCCAGAGUAUCGAUCAAGCUCGACCGCAGUACACGAGGGAGUAGCUUGUCUGGGGCUUGCAUCUGGCCGUGUGGUUUUGCUUAAGAUUCCCUAGUGCUAUGGGUUUACAGAUUCGCUUUAAUAUAAAGUAUAACUAACUAACAAGAAAAAAAGAAAAGAAGAACAAAUUUGCUUUAUUAGUAAUAUUUCCUACUACCUAAGAGAGCCCGCUGGAUGGCAGCGUAGCUACUCUACAACUCUCCGUGUUACUAAACGGCUCCUUAAUAAUAAGCAU